CAUCUUGGCCUUCUUCUGCGGACCCUGUCGGGGAGGGGAUGGGGCAGCUGAGUCAUGUGCACCACUCUUUUUGUGCUCAGCACCUUGGCCAUGCUCUGGCGCCGCCGAUUCGCCAACCGGGUCCAACCAGAGCCCAGCGGAGCAGACGGGGCAGUAAUGGGCAGCAGAUCGGAAACAGACCUCCAGUCCUCAGGCAGGGAGAAAGAGUCUCUGAAGUAAGUUCUCACGUCUUCAGGAGGAGCUCGGCCCCAGGGACCGACAUCAACUGGCAGAGACAGCUCAAGUCCCGGCAGAGGAUGCUGUGGUGGAAGGAGCAGCAGCACGCUGGAGAAUGGGAAAAAGCAGCCAUCGAGAAGACCCACAUAUCGCUGUGACAUACACACCCAGAGAGCGACGGAAGGGACAGUGCCUGACGCGCCAGUGAGGACAACAGGAAGAGCCUGGCCGAGCCUUGUCACUUGACCUUUCCUUCUCUGCACCUCAUCUCCCCUCUUAACAAGCAGUGCGGACCCCGGGUGGGCUGGUGCUGAGCCUGAGAGGGACCCCCGACUACCCUCAGAAGAACGGUCUGGGGACGCCUGGGUGGCUCAGUUGGUUAAGCAGCUGCCUUCGGCUCAGGUCAUGAUCC